GUGAUGGCGGCGGCCGGAGAGGCGGCGCUGGGCUCGGCCCGCCUGGAGAGCGUGCGGGCGCUGUCGGGGCUGCUCCGGGAGCCGCGGCGCAGAGAAAUGGCAGAAGAAAGUGUAUUUCGGGAUCUCCUGGAAAUCCUGACAAGUGCCUCACGUGCCAUUGAGCAGAUCUGCAAGGACUCCUGUGGGCAGGCAGAUCUGGACAGCUGCCUGCUGCUCGUAGCUGAGUGCUUCAGGUGCCUGAGGAAUGCCUGUGUGGAGUGUGCCAGGAACCAGCACCUCAUGAGGAACUUGGGCCUCAUCUCUACAUCUGUCCAUUUGAUCAAAUUGCUUCAUGGAAUGCAAGCCAAAGAAGAAUUAUUAUUGCCUGCUCUUCGUUGUAGUCUCCAGUUUCUUGGAAACAUUGCAGCAGGAAAUGGAGAUUCCCAGAAUAGCCUUUGGAAGUGUGCUUUCCCAGAUCUUUUCUUGACAUGCCUGGCGCACAGUGACAGGAAGGUUGUUGCCUAUUGCUGCAUGGUCCUGUUCACCUGCCUGGACUCGGAGAAGGUGGGAGAGCUGCUGGAUCCCGGGAGCUUGGCUGUGGCUCUGCACGUCCUGAGAGUCUACAGAGAGCAGCUGGAGUCUGAGUGGUCGUUCCUGAUUGUUACAGACCAUUUGCUGCAAUGUCCAGAGCUG